AUGUAGAACAAUAAUAAACAAGUUAGAGAAUCUUGGAAAAUGUCAUUAAUCAAUAAAUUUGGUUUGACUUAAAUCAUUGAACAUAAUCUCAUUUUUUAACCUCCCAAACCUAAUUAUCAAAUUAAAAAUAGCUAAGAUUUUAAUGGUUUACAAUUCAGUGUGGAAAUUAAUGGUAAUUGGAAUGAUUUAAAUAAACUAUGCAAUAUCCAAUAUAGAGUUUCCAUCAUAAAGGAAGUUUAAAAUAAUGUAACUGUAUCAUAUGUUCCUAUAAUUCAUUAUUCAUGUAAUUCAGAUAAAGUAAUUAUCUUAUCUCAUAGCAAUGCUAUAGAUUUAUACUUAGCAUCUAAAUGGGGUGCUAAAAUUUGUGAAUUAUAUUAAGUUGAUGUAAUGUGUUAUGAUUAUUCAGGAUAUGGAAUUACAAAAAAAACAAUGAAACCAUCAGAGUAUUAUUUUAUUAUUUAAUAGAUUGGGUAUUUCAAGAGAUCUCUCAAAUGUUGUAGCUCUGGCUUAAAAUUAAUAUAAUUACAUAUUCUUAUGGGGAUUUUCUAUUGGUUCUUAUCCAACUGUUGAUGUUGCAACAUAAUUCUAACUUUCUGGAAUCAUUCUAUAAGCUCCAUUAGCAUCAUUGGGAAGAAUUAUAGACAAUAGAAAUUCUUUUUAUUCAGAACAUGAUAAAUUUUCAAAUUAAUCCAUCAUUAAUAAAAUUACUGCUCCUAUUUUGAUCUUUCAUGGAACAAAGGAUACAAUAAUAAAAAUUAAUCAUUCAGAAUAAUUAUCUAAAUGUUGUUAGAAUUUAUUUGCUUUCAUAAAAGUAGAGGGUGCAAAUCACAAUGAUAUUGGAAUUGCAGCUGAAACUUAAGAUUCAGAUGUAUAUAAAUCUAUUAAGUAAUUAUUACAUAAUUAAAACAUACUUCCAAUUAAGAAAGUGUUUGAAUUAUCAUUAAAAUUUGAUAAUCUAAUUAUUAUUGAUUAAAUUGGAGAAUAAAAAAUGUAUUAAAGUAAUCUACCAACUUAGAUUAAGAAAGAAAUCAAUAAAAAACAUGAUAAAUAAGGUUGUUCAUUAUUUUGUACAAAAUUUUGAAAAUUAUUUGUAUUUUUUUAAUUAUUAAUUAAUUAAUUAAUAAAUGUCAUCUAAUUCUGAAUAAGUACCACUUAGUUUUGAACAAAUUCCUGAAAAAGAUAUCAUUAGAAUAUUAACUUAUAAUACAUUUCUUAGACCACCCUUUGUUAAUAAUAAUGGAGAUGAUUAUAAAAAUGAAAGAUGUGAAUUAAUCAUUAAAGAAUUAAUGAAGUAAUUAUAUUAUAUAUAUAUAUAAUUAGUUUUGAUAUAGUAUGUUUAUAAGAAGUAUUUGGAUUCUUAAAUUCUAGAAAAUCUAUUUUAAAACAUAAAGCAUUCAAAUUAGGAUAUACUUAUUAAGCAGUUAGUCCUAGUCCUAGUUUUUUUUCUAGUCAAAUGGUAGAUGGUGGAUUAGUCACUUUGAGUAGGUUAUAAUUUAAUUAUCAAUAUUAGAUAUCCAAUUCUAUAUCAUGACUUUAAAGAAUUUCCAUAUGGCAUUUUAUCUGAUAAUUUAUCUAAUAAAGGAAUAUUGUAUACAAAAAUAUAAGUUAAUGGAUAAAUAUUACAUAUUUUCAACACUCAUUUGUAGGCUAGUUAUGUGGGUAAUGAUUCAAAUGUGGUAAUUAAUCACAACUUAUUAGAUAGAGAGCAACAGUCUCUACUAGAAUUGAUUAAUUAUAUUGUUUUAAGAAAUUUGUACAUUCAACUCUAUAAUAGUAAUAGGCAUAAGAGAAUGAUUUAAUAUUAUUAUUAGGAGAUUACAAUAUUGAUAGCAGGUAUGAAUAAGGAUUUCCUAAUGAAGUAUUGAAAUAGUUUCCAAUAUUACAAUAACAAUUAGGCAAUCCUUAAAGAUAUCAAGAAUAUGAUUCUCUAAUAACAAUUAUGACAAAUAAUGGUAAAGAUAAAUUCAUCAAUUUAUUGUUAUAAUAAGAAGGCAAGUUUCUUAAUACUUAUGCUGAUUAUGUAGAAGAUGAGAAUGGUUAAAAGAAACCUUUAGAGAUUUAAUUAACAGAUAAAGCUGAUUUAUUGACUGGACAAUGUUUAGAUUAUAUAUUUUAAUUGAUUCCUGAAAAUCAAAGUAAUCCAAAUACAUUCUAAAUAAAAUAAGUGAAUGUUGAGAAAUUCUUUGUAGAAGGUUUAAAAUUUACUUAAUUAUCUGAUCAUUAUGGUGUUUCUUGUGAUAUAUUAGUUAAAUUGAAUUAAUGA